AUGUCCCACACCAAGUGUGGAAGACAUCAACAGUUCCAACAGAUCAUGCAUAUUCCACAAGCUCUCCGACUGGCUAUUGACGAAGGAGAGGUCAUUGCAAUCGAACAGGAGUUGGACGAUCUUGGCGUUUUAAGUGAGCAAGAUCUCGACAACGCAUUCACCUACGCCAUACGAAAUGCUUCUGCGGAUACAGUUGGCGUUCUUUUACGACAUGGGGCUCACUUGAAGAGAACUAGCUUGUCACGGUUCGAGCUCCGCAACAGAGGAGAUCCGACCAUCUAUCAGAAGCUGAUCGAGCACGGCUGGGAUAUAAAUUCGACCGAAUUUGGUGCCCCUUGGCUCUGGUACGUUGUUGCCUAUAUCCAAUUUGGUCCUGACAUAUUGAAACCAUCUUCAAGGUCCGGCAUUUGGGACAAUGAGCGACUGUUGCGUUGGUUUCUCGAUCACGGCGCGGACCCCAACAAACCCAACAGAAGCCUCCCGAACUCGGCGAACAACGAGAUACUGACGCCCCUCGCCUUUGCCGCAGAAGCACCUGAGACGUUCGGUCUCGAGAUACUUCUUUCUUACGGCGCAAACAUGGACGAUGAUGCUAUAUUCCGCGCGAUUGCUGCGCGUAGCCACCCAGAAAAGAGUCAUGUGCCCCACAUUCGCAUCCUGGUAAAUCAUGGCGCUGAUGUGAAUCAUCGUUCCAGAAGAUGGGGCACGCCGCUGCAAUACGCCAUCCAUGCGGGCAGAGCAGAUAUUGUAGAAUUCUUGCUCGAUCAAGGUGCAGAUCCUACGACAGAGACCGUGAGGGGCACACCGGCGGAACACGCUAAGAACAAGGGUCGAAUGGACAUACAUGACAUGAUUGUGAAAGCUAUUCAGAGAGGCCACAGUACGUAG